AGCACCCUAGCAGCACCCCGGCAGCCCCACAGCAGAAAAAAAUUCCCAACGCACACUGAGGUGGAACCCAAUUCUCCCCCACACGCACCUGCCCAUCAGAGCAGUGCCACGACUUUGCUGGCGCUCGUUGCCGUGCUCUGCUGUGUCGUCCGAACCCCCAAUAACAAAUAGCACCUACCCCGCCACCUCUAUUCCCACCCAUCUCGACUCACCACUUGCCAAAACUCUGAAAUCGUACAUUGAAUGACCGCCCUUCCGAUUCUCGACGCCUUCGAACCCGCGCACUUGCCGUGUCACUGACGCCUCGCGGCCCGCCAUGUCGCCGGGACUGAAACCCUUGAUUCUCCCGCAGCUGGUGGAGGAGCGGAAGAAGCAGGAGCUAUACAUGGAGCUGCACCAGGAGCUGCACCAGGAGCUGCAACAAAUUCACGAUUCCGAAGAUGCGUGCAUGCCGUCCCAAAUCGCAAACUCGUCCGCGUCCGACAUCGCGUCGCUGUCUCCCAUCACCCCUACGUUCCCACGCAGCGCCUUCCCGAGAUAUUCAGGCUCCGUCUCGUCCCUAGACAUGGCUGCCUCGUCCACUUCAGAUAGUCCCGCUUCGCCCUCGCAGCCCACCAACGCGGCCAAAAACACCAAAUCGCAGCUUCCAGACGUUCAGGAGGACCCGCUCGAGAGAGAGGACGAGGGUGUUCCACUGAGCGUGUUUGGUCUCUACAGCUGUCUGUGCGACGAGCCGUGUGACCACAAUGACCUCGUCCAGAGCACGUCCAUGUAUCCGUACAUGGGUUCAGAGCUCUACUGCGACCUCGGCUUUCUUAGCGACAGUGACUUCAAUGGGAGCCCGAGGCAAAAGAAGAGGCGCCAUGGGUCCGACGCAGGUUUCUCGGGCUGGGGCACGAGAUUGGGGUCAAGGCUGGGCAACCUCCCACGCUGGCGAUCCACAUCGAGGCGCAAUCAGUUUACCUUUUCCCCGGCUUCGGAUCCCUCCUUGGACCAGCGCCCCAGCUUCUCCCGUGCUGCGUCCAGCAGGUCCUCGUCCAUCUCAGUCCCAACCCAUGGGCCUCUGGACCGGUCUGCUGAGCCGCCCCUGCCAGCAACCCCUGCGCUCUCGUUUUACGAGAGUUCCGAGAGCGUAGUUCUACCUUCACCGCUCGAGAUAGCCCAAGCAACUGUGGGCAAGAGCCUGGAACGGGACCGCUCCAUGGCUACCACCCCCCUGCUGCCGCCGCUUUUAACAGACACAUCUUCAUGUCACGCGCCGGCGCACUCGCUGCAGGCCUCGCCUUUGCAAUCCCCUGCCAUCGCGCCCUCUCCAGUCCAAGAACUCCAGUCACCUCCGAGCUAUCCCACACAGCCCUAUCCCACACAGCCCUAUCCCACUCCGCCUCUGAGCGCUAAAGCCUCCAUCUCCUCCUUCCGUCGCGGGACUGUUUCUAGCACGUUCAGCGAUGUCUCUUCCCCGAUUCCAUAUCUACUCGAUCACCACGACGCUUGGUCCGAUCGCCUUGGGCAUGCAAAUUUCACCAUUGAGCCCAAGCCUUACGUACCGGAGACAGCCGACCUCGCCAUCCUACAGGCAUUCCGCGCCGACUGGGACCAGGCCAGGACCAACUACACCAAGCAUCUCGCGCGUACUGCAGAGCACUACAGCUGCACCUCCAAAACCUAUCUGCUUACCGAAGCGAAAUGGACGGAGAUAGAGCAGGAAUGGCGCCGCGCUGAGGACGACCUCAUCCAUCGCCUGGACCCGAACGGAAACGGGGAGGCUCUAACAACCCUCCGGCUACGACGCGCUGCCGAGGAGAUGCUCCCGGCCGCCAUCCCCAGGAUGCUCAGCGACGAGGGCAAGUUUCCAGAACGUGGAGACGAGGACAUCGUCGGGCCAAUGGCGCGUGACGCAGUCAUGGCACGAGACAGCCAUGACGAGAAAAAGAACAGCGCGUCGGGUUGGCUCAAGAAUCUUGCCGAGAAAGUGGGUUUUCGGAAGUGAGAACAACCUGGAACCCUGCCAUCUUUUUGUCCGAUUCGCCCUUUGGCCCACGUCCCCAUGGAGAAGUGGUUUGCCCGAGAAGUCUGAACCUCGCAGACUCCCGCCGAGACCACACGACAACCUUAUGAAGUGUACGACGCUACGUGGGACAUGCGUCAUCCUUUCUUUGCAUAUUACGCAUUUCAUUUUUUUCUCCCUCAUUCCUUUUGUCUAGUCAUUA